GACGGUAAGAAGAAGGUGAAUCUUUUUAAGAAUAAAAAACAAAAGUUUGCGAUUCACGCAAAAAAAAUAACUAGAAAAAGAUGGGUCUUAGACACGCCGUUCCAACCAAGGAUACUCACUAUGAUGAAUCCGAAGAUAUCUACUGUGUUUGUGUAGGUAUGCAAGGAAGCAGACCAGAAAUGGAAGAUGCUCACUGCUUGAGACUUGAUAUUCAAAACGAUUUGAAGACACUCAAACAAAAGCCACACCAAUACAAAUCAUUGAACUUCUUUGGUGUAUUUGACGGUCACGCUGGAGCUGAAGCCUCCAAGUUCUGUGCUGAUAAUAUUCUUAGUGUUGUUGAUGAACAUUUGGAAAAGUCAUCAAACUUGGAACUCUCAGACGAAUUGAUUACUGCUGCCUACUUGGCCCUUGAUGAAAAGUUAAAAACUUAUAUGGAAAAGGUUCAAGGAAUUAGCCCAUUCAAUGGAAGUGGUUCAACUGGUAUAACUUGUUUUGUCAAGGUUGCCGAUUGUGAUGUUGAAGCAAUUUGUGCCAACGUUGGUGACUCUCGUUGUAUCAUGUACCACAAUGGAAAGACUAUUGAAAUGUCUUUCGAUCAAAAGCCAAUGAACGAAAUUGAAAAGAAGAGAAUUGAAGCUGCUGAUUGUACUGUCACUAUGAAUCGUGUUAAUGGUAAUCUUGCUGUUGCACGUGCUUUUGGUGAUUUCCGUUAUAAGGGUAAUGAAAAGAAGAAGGCUGAAGAUCAAGCUGUUUGUUGUGUUCCAGAAAUUAUCAGACAAAAGAUGGACGGAUUCACUAAAGGAAAUAAGACUUCUCCAAGUUUCUUGAUCUUGGCUUGUGAUGGUUUGUGGGAUAAAUUCACAAAUGAAGAAGCUGCUUUAUAUGUCAAACAACAAUUGGAAAAGUAUGAUAUUUUCAAUGAAACUGAAAUUUCUAGUGAUUUGAUGCAACCAAUUAAGAUUACCUGGUUGAACAAGAAGGUUGACGAAUGGGAUGCUGCUGAUGUUGAAGGAUGGAUUGAAAGUUUAGGUGUACCAUAUAACAAUUAUUUCUUAAGCAAGUUCAGAAAUGGUACUGACCUUAAGCAAAUCAUGUUACAAGAAGAUAAGUUCAAUCGUUUGAAGGAAACUUUAAGACAUGUUUCAAACUUUGUAGAUGAAUUCAGAAAGAAGUUCAUGGAAAGAAAUGAAAUACAAGAAAAGCCAAAGACAGUGCCAAAGACAACUCGUGAAAAGUUGAUCCAUUUGACUGAACGUAUGGUUGACUAUGCAGUUUUUGAAAAGAGAAGUGAUGACAACGUUUCCGUGGCCAUUAUUUUGUUCAAGUAAAUUCCCUCCCUCUAUAAAUUUAUUUAAAAUUUCUCCUU